UGUAGCAAAAUGCCAGAAAACAGGUGGCGCUGAAUAGUACAUUAGGACCGGUACUAGUGUAAACAAAUCGUAGAAUGUGCACAAUAUACGAAUAGAUUAUAGUGUUGUAGCAUUAGUAGCGUUAAUCAAAAUGGAUAAUGUUGAAGAUGAAACAUCAGAAACGACAAAUGUAACAAUUUUGCAUAAUCAGCCAUAUGAUGAAUCGAUAGAGGCAGAAAUAUCAGAUGACAAAGUAGAUGAGACUAAAAAUGAUGGUGAUGCUGUAAUUGAAAGUUUAAAACAGUCACUUGAUUUAUCUUCAGUCAAAGUUCCCAGACCUCCAUCUCGACCUGCACCAUCAGCUAGAGUUGGUGCAUUAGGGAAAGGAGAAUUGGAUCUUUCUCAAAAUAGUCAAGAUGAUGAUGAAGAUGAAGAUGAAGAUGAAGAUGAUGAUGAUGACCCUGGUAUUCAAGUAGAAGGAGCUUAUGAUCCUGCUGACUAUGACCAUCUUUCAGUAUCUGGAGAAUUAAAAGAAUUAUUUCAAUAUAUUACAAUUCCACCACCAGAUAACAAGCCUGAUAAAUUAGGUUUACAUGUACUUGAUGAACCAUGUGCUAAACAAUCAGAUCCAACAGUUUUAGAUUUGCAGCUUAGAGCUAUUUCAAAAGAAACAACAGUUAAAACAACAAUUGUUAAAAGUUUACAAGAUGCUGACAAACAUCCUAAAGAAAUAGAUUCUUGGAUUACAAGUAUUGGUAAUCUUCAUCGUUCUAAGCCUCCACCUACUGUGCAUUAUGCACGAAAUAUGCCAGAUAUUGAUACCUUAAUGCAAGAGUGGCCACCUGAAUUUGAAGAGUUGUUAAAGGAGGUAGGACUUCCAUCUGCAGAUCUUGAUUGUACUUUAGAAGAAUAUGUUCAAAUUAUCACAGGUAUCUUAGAUAUUCCAGUGUAUAAAAGCAAAAUACAGUCUCUCCAUGUAUUGUUCACUUUAUAUUCUGAAUUUAAGAAUUCACAGCACUUUAAAACCCUUGCCAUGGAAAAUAAAUUAGAUAAUUCAUUAUUAUCUGAGAGAACAAAUGAAAUGCAAGGCAAUAUAACCAAUCAAUUUCAGUUAUGAAGGACACAUUUGUUUCUGUUACAUAAAAUAAUAGAUUCAGUUCCCAGCAAAACAAAAAGGCCACACAAUCAUCUAGUCAGCAUGUGAUAAAAAACAAACACAAAUUUGUUUUAUUAUACACAAUUUUAUUUUUUAUAUAUGAAGUGUAAGUUAUUGUUUAUUAAUAAAGUGCUUCUUAGAUU